ACAAGCUAAUUGGAAAAAAUACUUCCGGCAGCCUACGACCACUAAUCAACAAACCAGCUUUCUAGGCUGGUUGGGACCCUCGCCUCAGGGAUUCGGAGUAGAACAGCUGCCCAGCCGAUUCCUGGAAUACGGUGCACAAGCACAGAGGGGGGAAGAGGGUUAACGUGAUCUCUGUUCAGCCUCAGAUGGUGGUGGUCAGAUUCCUUAUCCAGGAAGUUCCUCCUGUGUGCUUCUGCUGCGGACACAGAACUUGCAUUCUUGGCCUUUGUCUCCUCCCAUAAUACCUGAUAUUCAGUAAAUGUGUGUUGAACCGGAAGAUACAUAUGAGCAAUGAAUCUGGAAAGGGAGAACAUCUUUGGUCCUACAGUUUUGCUACACUGACAUUUUUCAAAGCUUGCGCUUUGUGUAAAUAACUGGCUAGACUUCAUAUUUUCCACUACAGAAGGCUACAAGCUACAGUUCUCAGAGAUUUAAACAUACUACUUUGAGGAUAUUAUCUACGUUAAGCCCAAGGGUUCUUCCUUUCUUAUUCCAAAAUGCUGAGAUAUUGGGGAGAGAUACCCAUGUCAUCGAGCCAGACCAACAGAAGUUCCUUUGAUCUGCUUCCACGGGAGUUCCGGCUGGUGGAAGUCCAUGACCCUCCACUGCACCAGCCCUCGGCCAACAAGCCCAAGCCUCCCACCAUGCUGGACAUACCCUCGGAGCCAUGCAGCCUCACCAUCCAUACCAUUCAGCUCAUCCAGCACAACCGACGCCUUCGCAACCUUAUUGCCACAGCUCAGGCCCAGAAUCAGCAGCAGACAGAAGGUGUCAAAACUGAAGAGAGCGAGCCUCUGCCCUCCUGCCCUGCGACACCUCCUCUUCCGGAUGAUCUUCUUCCUUUAGAUUGUAAGAAUCCCAAUGUACCAUUCCAGAUCCGGCACAGUGACCCUGAGAGUGACUUUUAUCGAGGGAAAGGGGAACCUGUGACCGAACUCAGCUGGCACUCCUGUCGGCAGCUCCUCUACCAGGCGGUGGCCACCAUCCUGGCUCACGCAGGCUUUGAGUGUGCUACCGAAAGCGUGCUGGAGACCCUCACCGACGUGGCCCAUGAGUACUGCCUUAAGUUCACCAAGCUGCUGCGCUUUGCCGUGGAUCGGGAGGCCCUGCUGGGACAGACUCCCUUCCCUGACGUUAUGGAGCAGGUGUUCCACGAAGUGGGCAUUGGCAGUGUGCUCUCCCUCCAGAAGUUCUGGCAGCACCGCAUCAAGGACUAUCACAGUUACAUGCUGCAGAUUAGUAGGCAACUCUCUGAAGAGUACGAAAGGAUUGUCAACCCUGAGAAAGCCACAGAGGAUACAAAACCUGUGAAGAUCAAGGAGGAACCAGUGAGCGACAUCACCUUUCCUGUCAGUGAAGACCUAGAGGCUGACCUUACCUCUGGAGACCAGUCUCUGCCCAUGGGAGUUCUCGGGGCUCAGAGCGAGCGCUUCCCUUCUAACCUGGAGGUGGAAGCCUCACCACAGGCUUCAAGUGCAGAGGUCAGUGCUUCUCCUCUUUGGAACCUGGCCCACGUGAAAAUGGAGCCUCAAGAGAGCGAGGAGGGCAACGUGUCUGGGCACGGUGUGCUGGGCAGCGAUGUCUUCGAGGAGCCCAUGUCAGGCAUGAGUGAGGCUGGGAUCCCGCAGAGCCCCGAUGACUCAGACAGCAGCUACGCGUCCCACUCCACAGACAGCCUUAUGGGGUCCUCCCCUGUCUUCAACCAGCACUGCAAGAAGAGGAUGAGGAAAAUAUAAAAGGAAAAGGCCAGACCCAAAAUCCUACAGGAAACCUUGGUUUGAUCAGAAUUUGUUUCUGUAAACAGGGAUUUGAUUCUUAUUUUUAAAAAUUAGGCUUCACUAAUUUCAGAAAAACUGGACUUAACCAAGUAAGUUUGCAUUUACUGUGGCAGCCAGCUGUGGUUUCCACAGCAACUAAGACCACUGUGCCGCAUUCCUUAGGGUCUCUGUGGCUGGUUUUCCUCGAACAGCUGAGAAGAAUCACGCCACUCUGCUAUCAGUCAUGCAGGGGUGGGGACCGAGAUGUCUGCCCAGCUUCAAAGUGGUAUUUGAGUACUACAAAUUCAUGCUGAUGCCAGCUUUCAUUCAAUUUUGAUUCAUUUCGAUUCACUUUUGGUUCAGGUCGCUGGGAAUUCAGUACAAUAGCUAAUAAGAAAUAGCUAAUACAACAAAGCUUCCCACUAGUCAUCUUUUUAACAAUGUUUCAGCUGCCUAUGAAGUCCCAUAAAUGUAUCAGGUCUGUGGUAACAAGCUUUCCUGUGCGUUCAGACAGCCCUCUCAGCUCACCCACGUUUUCUUUAACCUUCUCUAGACUUCCUUACCCUUUUUACCUUUAUUUCUCCUCACUCAGACUUUUACGUAAGGUUCACUGUGUACAUUUUUCUAGCUGUUCCUCACAUGAAGGAUUUUGUCCUUCGUGAAUGAAGCAGACAGGACCAGUCCAAGGAUCGGCUGUGCUUCUUCCCUGUGCUGUGUCUGCUUGGUCAUCAGGGGACAGUGGUCCACUUCUCCGAGUCCCUCGCCUACACACUGUGCUUCUGCUACCCAGUGGGCAGCCUCUGACAGAGUGAAACACACCUGUCCACUCCACACCCAACCCAAACGGCUUCCCUGUUCCACAUCCAGCACAGGAUGGGUCCUGCUGGUACCUGGCAGUCUCUUAGCAAGGAAAUGGGGUAGCACGGGAUUGGAAAUCAGUAACAAACGUUGCUUCAGAACUUGCUGCUGAGUGCCACUGUGUCCCAUGACACUGCUCAAGUUUGAUUUUCUGACACGGAAUACAAGUCCUGGGAAAUGCAGACAACUCUGAAUAGAGACCAAAAAUAAGGCACAGCUUUAAGUAAUAAGUUAGUGAGUGCCUUAAAUAUCCCAGGGAUUGAGAAUGAAGUGGCUGUAGCAGGUAGGUUAUAACUUCCAUGUUAAGAAGUAAGUUACAAACCUGACUGCAUAUCCUUAGCACACUUGUCUGGACCUUUCUUGUCCAGUCUUGGCUUCAUUUCCCCUUGUCUGCUAACAGGAAUGGCCAGCAGGCAGCCUGUGUAAGGUGGCCACCUGGGCACUUCACUCAUAGCAAACAUUUAUUAAAUACUUACUGUACACACUAGCUCAUGUGCAAGCAAUAAAAAGAUGGUUGAGAUUUGGUCCAGGCCCUUACAGAGCUGAGCGCAUAGGGGAGACAAAAUGUUUUUAUAGGGAGAGCUGGCAUCAAAAGCACUGCAGAAGAAAACUGAGUUAUGUUCAGAAUUUUGCUGUACAGAAGGUUUCCCCUUAAAGAAUAGGUCAAAUAUUACACCAGUGAGUUCCACUAUGUAGAAAAUACUGAAAUUAAUACUUCAUAAAAAUACUUUUAGUACUUUGGAAAGUUUGAAUUGAGAAAUAUGCCAGGCAUGAUGGCACCUAUCUAUCCUGGCACUCAGGAGGCUGAGGCAGGAGGAUCACCAUGAGUUGUAGGCCAGCCAGGGCUAUGUAGUGACUUCAAGGCCAGUCUGAAUUGUGUAACAAGACCCUGCCUCAAUAACAGAUAUCAGUAAUAAUAAAUUGAAGAACAGCCAUAGAUUACGAUCAGAGUAUGCUAAGGGAAGUCAUUAAGCCACCUGAAGGUUGGUACCCAAUUUACCUAGCUGGGAAGAUACCGUAAGCUUCUGAAAUGAAGCAUUGUUUCUCAUACUAGGGUGCACCAGAAUCACCUAGUGGGCUUAUUAAAACAUGCUGCUCGACCCCACUGCAGAGUUUCUACUUCAGUAAACUUUGCAAGGUGUUGCAUUUGAAUAAAACACCAGCGAUACUCUGAAAUUAUAUCAAAUACCAACGAGGCUCAGCUCAGGUGUUUGUACCUGGGAAGCUGAUGCACACCACCACCUUAGUGAAACAGGUUUGGACGUGACUUUAGGCCUCUACUAAACAGUGACUGUGACUGUGUAAGUUUUGACUUGAAAUCAUGACAGGCAGGCUUAUAACAAAGUUACAAUUAAAACCUCUUUAUCCAGAUCACCAUUUAAACCGGAUUCUUAUUUAGAAAUCACAUACUUUGCCACUUUCUUCAGCAAACCUGAUGUCCUAGGAUGAGCUACCUAGUGUGACACGCAUGUCACAUCAACAGUCUGGUCGCCAAGGAGAUCCUACUGCCACUCUGGACAAGCUUGUUUUCUCUCUCCAUGGUAAGAGUAACUCAAGCCAAGGGCCCAAGGCUGAGAAGUGGAUGGAUCCAGUCGACAGAGAUAGAGGUGGUCAUCAGGCAAUUCUCCAUGAUCCAUAGCAGCGAGGGAACUUGAGUUAAAUGGUGAAACUUCAGGUUUUGGCCUGAAAGCAGUCAAGAUAUUCUUCCGUGCAGAAAUACAAGGCAAAGGCCCAGGCAGAUCUGGCAUUUACUUGCUUGCUGCAAGAGUCUUCUUUCCCUUCUUCAUCUGAGUCAUGAGGUUUCCCUAAAAAGAAACUACUAUUCUGAAGAGAAAAAUAUUUUUUACAGUGCUAGGGAUCAAACCCAGAGCCCUGUGCACGCGGGGCAAAGGCUCUGCCAUGGUUCCCCGCUAACUCCCCAGCGAUACAAUGCGCAUCACAUCCCCCAGCCAGAGGUAAGGACAGUGUAUUCAUGGAGGUCCAGAAUUCGGCACUUCUGGAAACUAGUGACGUUCCGAGACAUUUAUUUGUUUCUCUUCCAGUACUGUGUCCUUGAUUCUUGCAUAAAAUUCUGAAAUGCUGGCUCUUCAUGGCUUUCCUCUGUAACUACAAGGAGGAAAAACAUGAUUUUCUAAAACUCUUCAGACAAGCAGAUCAGAGCUCCUACCACCCAUCAGCAGAAGCAGUACUGUAUUUCUAGGAAACUACUCACUUCUCACAAGGAAAGAUACCCCAGAAGCAUGCAGAACUUAGCAUGCUGCCAAGAUGUACAGCUUUAUAAGUGGGGAAGAAUACCUCAUUUAUUAAUGCCAUGAAUGUGACUCUUAGGUAUUUUUAUUUGCAUUUUUUAUUUCAUGGUGUAUUUUGCCAAAAGAAAAACAUACCCACACAGACCUAGUUGUAAAUGUCUAUGGCACCUUUACUCAUAAUAGCUCAAAUCAACCCAAAUGUCAAUUGGCUGAGGAUGCAAGCUGUAUAAUACAUCCAAGUAACAGAAUGUUACUCGGUAAUAAUAAAGGACACUGUACUCUACGGUACUGAUGAACAUAACGCCUAUACUCCAGGCAACAACAUGAACAAAACAUGAAAUAAUUAUGUUGUGUAAAUAAAAGUCAAAUAUAAAAGACUAA